AUCCCGCAAUUGCGACGCAACCACACCUCACGAUGCCGCCACGAAUACACAUACGACCACGGGCCCUCCGCGCCUGCACCCCACGCCCAAGGCAUGCCACUUCUCUACCUGCAGUUGCAACCUACGCGACUGUAGCAACCACGCCUGCACCACCUCUCCAACAAACAUACAAAUCCGCACCUCCCGUCUUACGAUAUCCGCCCACCCAACCACCGUCUCACAAGCCGCCAGAGGUCCGCAAAACACAACUACAUCGCCAAUACCAGUCGCUACUGCGCUCCUCGCCCUUGAUACUCAUAUUCCAGCACAACAACGUCAAAGCGGUAGAAUGGAUGAGUAUACGAAGGGAGCUGGCCAUUGCCCUGCGGAAGCUGGAUGAGCAGCGCCUGAAGAACGGACAGGAGACGCUGGGCGAAGAAAUUAAAAUGCAAGUCAUACAAACCAACAUCUUCGCCAGCGCCCUACGAGUUGUAGAGUUCUUCAACCCCAAGGCUUCGAUGCUGGAUCACGCACAACACCCUACCGAUCCCCGGACACCUACCAGCGCGCAGAUAGCGCAGACGAGCAACGAGGCAGACGACGAGCGCUUCAGUCACGGAUUGUCAAGACGUGCAUACGAGAUUGCGAAUAACAGGAAACUGAAAUUGGAAUUGGAGCCGCUGUUAUCGGGGCCGCUGGCCGUUGUUGCGUUUCCCGAUGUAGCACCGCAGUAUCUCAAGACUGUGCUGUCUAUCCUCGCGCCUUUGAAGCCCAAUUUCCCCGCGCCGAGCCGAAAGGCGAAUCCAGAUUACUACGAGCCUUCUGUACAGGUUGGUCUGCAGAAGUUGAUGCUUCUGGGUGCGAGGGUAGAGGGCAAGGUGUUUGAUGUCGAUGGUACUAAAUGGGUUGGUGGCAUCGAUGGCGGUAUCGACGGUCUCCGUGCUCAGCUUGUACACAUGCUGCAGGGUGUUGGAGGCAGUCUUACCAGUGCCUUGGAGGGCGCGAGUAAGAGCUUGUACUUUACUGUUGAAGCACGGAGGAUGGAUAUGGAGGACAAGGAAAAGGGUCCUGAGGAGAAGACGGAAUAGAUCGGCCUUGGGAUGUAUCAAGAUCAUCAUCAGCUUUGAUGGAGAUGAAAUGUAUAAGAUAUUGUACAUGGCAUGUAAAAUGAACAAGGCAUGUUCCCAGAGAAGCUUGGCUCAGAAGCCCGUCUUUCCAAUUGCAUACAUGUGUCCA